AUGGCGAGGAAACGCAGGCCUACAGUACCCGGCGUCCUAUGGCGCAUGUUCCGCAACCGAGCGCGUACACUCUGCGACACCAUUAUCUCGCUGCUCCCUCCGCCGCUUGCAUCGCCGGACCUUUGCCGCUGCAAUGGCCGCCGUUGCCUUGGCUGCGCUGCCGACGCCAUGUCGUUCCUCCUUAGGCCCGACGACCCCUCCGAUUACCGCAAACUCCUCACAAAGUGCUUUGUCGUCGUCGCCGGAAACGCGCCUUCAGUCCCCUGUUUCUAUCACUGUUCUCCUGUUACCUGUCCCCAAAAUGAGAUUGUGUGUAAGGUCAUUGAAGAGAUGCUGUGUAGAAGGCAAACAGCUAAGACCAAUGUGUUGUGCGUUGCUUAUGAUAGGAGAAAACGCUCAAGCCAUAUUGUGGAGCUUUUAAGCUGUGCAUCUUGGUGUUGCCUGUUAGGAAGAGUUGGACACGAUCUUAUGAUUUAUUUAUUGAACAAUACAUCGAUAUUCCUGCCAGCUCCCCGUGGAAAACACUAUCAGGUGGGAGGUCCUCCUAUCAAUGAGAAAUGCUUUGAGAUGCUCAAGUGCUCGUCAAAGUCUGGCUAUCAACAUCCUUCUGUUCAUAAAUGCGGAGCAAAUAAAAGAAAAAGAUCUGAAUCAGAUGAUGUUGGAAACUUAACAUGUAAGCAACAAAAGAGCCAUAUAUCUUACAGCACGGAUGGUCUUAGUGGCCUUGCAAGUAGUCUUGGCUUAACUAGUGUGGAGUCUUCAACCCUAAUGAUCAAUCAUCAUGAGAGCAUCAAUGACAACAAUGUCUCUGAUGUUCCCAGGCCAAAAAGAACUGCUACUGUUAUAACAAAGUCAGAAUCAGAAGGGAAACAAGGUUUGAGUAGUUGUACACCUAGGCUUGGAAAAAGAUCUAGGGCAUUUAGAUGGCAGCGGCACAGAAGCAAAAAACAGAAGCAAUCAACGACUGAUGAGAACAGUUUACUUAUUAAUAGGAAUAUGGAUACUACUAAUAAUGAUUGUGCUCAUGCUAGUUUUCAGUGUGACAAUACUAGCCCAAGUUUUCAUGAAAAGUUGCAGAUGACUUGGCAAUGUUCUUGCUGUUCACUCUUGCAAUCUCUUCAAGCUGUUCAGAAGGCAAUCGAUAUCAAAAGGCAUCCUAUCUUCUACAACAUUGAGUCUUCACCCUCAGUUCUUCCAAAGAAACAUAUUUUAUAUUCGUUAUGGCCAAAUUUGACUUCUUCAAAAAGUCUCAUUGGCGAUGUGUUUGGCUUCGUAGAUGCAAGUACCAGCACUCGGCCAAUUCCUUGUUCCCACAGCAGUGGCUCAUGUCUCAUUGGCUCUGCAUGCCUGUACCACUCCCUUGUUAAGUGGUUUAAACAUCUCAUUCGCAGGACACAGUGUUGCCAGCAUACAAAGCUCUUGGCUAAGCAUUGUGUAGAUAAUAUUGAAGCAAUUGAUUCACAGUGUGAGGCAGUUAAGUCAUACUGCUCGAAAAGUCAAGUGGUAUCUUUCAUAUGGGCUGUUUCUAGGAGUUUAGUUCCUUACGAGUUAUUAGGUUCUCCUUCCAAUCAGAGAAUCAUGAGGAGAAAUAUUUCGAAGUUCAUUAACUUACGGAGAUUUGAGAAAUUUCCUUUAAAGUUAUGCAUGCAUGGACUUAAAACUUCAAGAUUUCCUUUCCUAUCAAAUGAGUAUUUCUUGAAUAGUCAAAAUGCUUGCUUUCGAACAGAUGUAGAAGGACAUCAUAAAGUGUUUCAUGAAGAAUUUAGAAAAUGGAGCAAUGCUAUACAUGAUAUUAAAUGUAAGCUUCUAGAGAAGUGGAUAUUCUGGUACUACUCUUUCCUUGUUGUACCAUUGGUGCAAGCAAAUUUUUAUGUUACUGAAAGUGAACAAGGGAAGAACGAUGUUUUCUAUUAUUGCAAACCUGUUUGGAACAAAUUGACAAAUAGAACUAUCAACUGCUUCAAAGACAGUGGAUACAGUUCUCUGGAUAAUGUGGCUGUACAAAAUAUUCUUAGUGGCAGACCAUUUGGAUUUUCAAAGCUCAGACUUCAACCAAAAGAAAAUGGAGUAAGGAUGGUGGCAAAUCUCAAAGGUUCGUCAAGAAUGCCACUGCAUAUGCCUACUUCGGCUUCGGGAGCUCAAUAUACCCGAAGAGAGGGAACAUUAACACAGCAGAAAACCAGGUCUGAACGCUAUCAAUCUGUAAAUUUUGCGCUUCGUGAUGCCCAUACCAUUCUAAAAGGUAUUCAGUUUAAGGAUCCUUUGAAGCUAGGUUCUUCAGUGUUUGAUUACAAUGAUGUUUACAAAAAAUUAUGCACAUUUUUGGUUGGCCAGAAGAAGGGAUUGACACAUGUGCCUAAUCUAUUUAUCAUCACAUCUGAUGUAUCGAAAGCAUUUGAUUCUGUUGAUCAGGAGAAACUGCUUGGCAUAAUGAAAGAUAUUCUUGUGGAAGAUGAAUAUUUUCUAAAGCAGUAUGAUCAAAUUGUUUGCACAAAGAAAUCUUUGUGGGUUCAAAAACAAUUUACAAUGCUGGAAACCUUCAAAGCUGGGCAUACACAAUUCACUUCCUUUCAAUCUCGGCAUUCUGUCUUUGUCAACCAGGAGCGUCGGAAGCACGUGAGGAAGAAAUUGCUAUUUUCAUAUCUCACUGAGCAUGUGAAGCACAAUGUGUUGCAGUUUGAUGGGAAAUUUUUCUUGCAAGGUGUUGGUAUUCCCCAGGGAGGUGUUUUAUCUACUUUGCUUUGCUCCUUUUAUUAUGGACAUUUGGAGCAACAUGUGAUAUUCCCAUUUCUUAGAAGGGCACUUGAAUCUGGAAGUUGCAAGGAUAAUGAUGCUGCAAACACCAAUAGUGGGGAUAAAGUCUCAUCUCCAUGUUAUCUACUAAUGCGAUUUAUUGAUGAUUUUCUUUUUCUAUCAACUUCAAAGAAGCUGGCAGCUAGCUUUUUGUCCAGGAUGCAAAGAGGAUUUCGUGCUUAUAACUGCUACAUGAAUGUGAGAAAGUUUGGUGCAAACUUUGAUGUAGAACAGAUGUCAGGUUCCCUCUUGAACAGGAUUUAUGUGGGCAAAGAUGGUGCAACUUCAUUUAUUCGUUGGAGUGGUCUGCUAAUCAACUCCUCAACUAUGGAAAUUCAGGCUGACUACACAAGGUACUUGAAUAACCAUCUAAGCUCAACACUUACAGUUUGCUGGCAUGGAAAUCCAGGCAUUAAUCUAAAGGAGAAGUUGUAUCUCUUUUUAAGACCUAAAUGCCAUCCUAUAUUCUUCGAUUCAAAUAUCAAUUCAGACGCUGUUGUCAGAUUGAAUAUUUAUCAAGUAUUUGUGUUAUGUGCUAUGAAGUUUCAUUGUUAUAUUCGUGACCUGACAUUCAUCUGCAAACUUCCGAAAAAAUAUUGUUUGGACAUUAUUUGGAGAUCUUUUAGAUAUAUGUACUUGUUGAUAAAGAAAAGGAUGCGCUCCAUGCGUCUUGGUUCUGGUAUCCGGCCAAUUCUUAAGUUGAAGAAGGAAGAAGUGCAAUGGCUUGGGCUUCAUGCUUACGUAAAAGUAUUGAAGCGAAAGGAAUCGCGUCAUAAGGCAUUGCUAGCGUCAUUAAGGUCAAGGUCGUUGUCAUCACCUGAAAUAUCUAGGUGUGUGACACCUGACCUGAUUUAUGCAGUAAAUGCCAAAAACAACACUUUGCUUUGGAGGAUCAAGUAUUAGUUCCUAAAGAUAGGCCCUUAGGAUGGAACUAUUUUCUUUUAGUUUUGUGUUGAAACAUUGAUAAGCACUUCUACCUUGCAUCACGAAAAAGAUUUUGUAAAA